UCCCUCCCAGCCCAGUUGCAGCUCCAUUGAAAGAAGCGAAAAGCCCCCGUCAGCAGCAUGUCAUCGCCUCCCGAGGACAAAAUAGAAACAAAAGCUGGACAUCCUCCUGCGGUGAAAGCUGGUGGGAUGCGAAUUGUGCAGAAACACCCGCACGCUGGGGAACCCAAAGAAGAAAAAGAUAAGGACGACCAAGAGUGGGAAAGUACCAGUCCACCUAAACCAACUGUGUUCAUCUCUGGUGUCCUUGCAAGGGGUGACAAAGACUUCCCUCCGGCAGCAGCACAGGUGGCUCACCAGAAACCUCACGCCUCCAUGGAGAAGCAUCCUUCACACAAACAGCAGCACAUCCAGCAGCCUCGCAAGUGAACAGUCUGCCGGGAAGUCAGCAAGGCCCAAACUCACUGAAUAUGUUUCUAGGAGGAGGAUUUGUAGUUUCUGUAAAGUUUGAUAUUUACAGAUGAGAGCGAUUUAAGACAAAGUGGCUGGGGGUGGGGGAGGAGGGAGCAAUUCUUACUCUCCCUUAAAUUACUAAAAAUGCUUCAAGUAUCGCACCCUGUUAAUCCAAAUGGAAAUUAUGCUUCAGCUCCAAAUUAUUCACUUACCAAGGAUCAUUACCCAAAUGUAUCCUUACCUCCAGUUUUGCAUAGAAAUGGAGCUGAUCUUUAUUUGCCCAAGACCAAAUCUAAAUAAAACAAGUAUCAUUUUA